UGAGAAGCUUGUGAAAAAGUAGAAAUUUUUUAAGGAAAUAUGAAAAAUUAUUGGAGAAAUAGUGCAUUAAUAUAUACUUUAAUCUCUGAUGAUUAUUGGGGGUAAAACGGAUUUUCGUUGCAUUAAAAAGGAAAGUGAAAUAUUUGCACAUAAAAAAAUUGUUGUGGCCAUCAAACGAACGGAAAAGCAACAACGUACGAAGGACGAUCAUAAAAACAAACGAGAAAAACAAAGGCAUAUUUGGUGUACGUGUGUGCGUGCCUUAGUUCGCAAUUAUUAUUAAGCAGCUGUUACAGAAAAUUUCUAAAUAUUUGAGAGAAUAUUGUGCAAAAAUACUUAGUAUUUUCGUCAAAUAAAAGUAUUUUGUGUUAAUUUUGUUAAUUUUUUAAUACGGACAAAAUAUUUGGACGUCGAGCAAAGCACAUGAUGUGGUCGUUCUUCUCGCGCGACUCUUCCAAAGAUUUCCCUUAUGAUAUUGGCGAACCGGUGGCGGGAUUCGAAUAUCAUUCUAUAUGGACUUUGCAUAAAGCUAAACGUAAAGGCACCCAAGAAGAGGUAUCCAUUUUUGUCUACGACAUACGCAAUGGAUCAGAAGCAAAAUGCGAAUUGGCUAAAGGGGCCCUGAAGCGUUUAAAAACACUAAGGCAUCCUAGUAUAUUGCAAUAUAUAGAUUCGUUGGAAACAGAUAAAAUGUUAUACGUGGCUACAGAGUUUGUUGAACCUUUAGGCACACAUAUCAAUAAAUUAUCAACAGAUGGCCCACAAAAAGAUUUAUAUUUAGCUUGGGGCAUAUUUCAAAUAACACGUGCUUUAUCAUUUCUAAACAACGAUGGUAACUUGCGGCAUAAUAAUGUAUCAGUUUGGUCUGUGUUUGUUAAUGCAUCGGGAGAAUGGAAACUGGGAAGCUUGGAGUAUGUAUCACCGGCAGACGGUAAUCCUAUGCCGCCUAUUAAAGUACCACCCGCCUUGGAAGUUUAUGAUCCGCCUGAGAAAAGUGAUCAAAACAAAUUAAAAGCAAGCACAAAAUGUUCGGCUGAUAUGUGGGGUCUAGGGUGCUUAGUUUGGGAGGCUUUUAAUGGUCCGUUGCGGACGCGUUCUAAUUUAAAAGAUAUUAAUAGCAUACCGAAAUCUAUACAAUCCUUAUACUGUGAACUGGUGGGUGCUACGCCUUCAAAUCGACCAAAUCCGGCUGAUAUUAUAACACGAUGUCGUAAGCCCGGAGGAUUUUUUAAAAAUGAUUUGGUCGAUUCAUUAUUAUUUCUUGAAGAAAUACAAAUUAAAGAUAAAGCAGAGAAAAAUCGUUUCUUCUCUGGUUUGACUUUGCAUUUGGAUAACUUUCCUGAUAAUGUGUGCAAGCAUAAAAUUUUACCACAACUGAUAACGGCCUAUGAAUAUGGUGAUGCCGGUUCAGCAGUCUUGGCACCUAUGUUUAAGCUUGGAAAACUACUUGAUGAAGCUGAAUAUCAAAAACGCAUUGUACCUUGCGUUGUGAAACUUUUCGCCUCAACCGACCGUGUAACCCGCUCUCGUUUAUUACAACAACUGGAACUAUUUAUUGCUCAUCUUCAACCUCAAGUAGUUAAUGAACAGAUUUUUCCUCAAGUAGCUCACGGUUUUUUAGAUACUAACGCUACCAUUAGAGAACAGACAGUUAAGUCUAUAAUACAUUUGGCUCCUAGGCUAAAUUAUAAUAAUUUAAACGUGGAAGUACUGCGACAUUUUGCUCGUUUACAAGCUAGGGACGAUCAAGGCGGGAUACGAACAAAUACCACUGUCUGCUUAGGUAAAAUUGCACCGCAUUUACAUCCGCAGGUGCGACAACGCGUUUUAGUAUCUGCUUUUAUACGGGCGAUGCGCGAUCCAUUUCCACCAGCUCGUGUGGCUGGGGUUUUAGCUUUAGCGGCGACGCAACAAUAUUUUCUCUUGAGCGAGGUUGCUAAUCGUGUCUUACCAGCAUUGUGUUCGUUAACCGUGGACCCGGAAAAAACCGUACGGGAUCCGGUCUUCAAAACGAUUAGGGGGUUUUUGGGUAAAUUGGAAAAAGUUUCCGAAGAUCCUACUCUCAGAGAAACAAUGGAGGCUGAUGUCAACACAGCGACUCCCUCCAUUGGUAAUGCAGCAGCUACAUGGGCCGGUUGGGCGGUGACUGCUGUAACAGCAAAAUUUUAUCGUAGCCAAAGUGAUUCGUCAAGGCCUAGGCCACCACUUACCGGACGCAAUCUAUCAAAACCAGCGUCACUAGAACAACCCUCCAGUAGCAGUUUAUCGACCACUACCUCUUCUGUAACGUCCAUGACUUCUUUAGAGCAUGAAAGUAAUGAUACUUCCGCUUCGGCCUCAGAUUAUGGCAACAAUGAUUGGGAUAAUGAAAAUUGGGGAGAAAUGGAUACUUCUCAAGAUCCUAGCAGCCCUAUGGCUGGGGCUUCUGCAAAUAAUGGUCAACUUAACGCUUCCAGCGCUUUAGCAGAAGUACGUGAUGGAUGGGAUAAUGAAGAGUGGGGCAGUCUGGAAGAAGACCCCGGAGAAGAUGAAGAAGAACAAGCUCAACAGCAGCAACAACAAAUGCAAUUGCGACAAUCUCCUAUACGACCACAUCAACAACAAUUGCAGCAACAUCAAUUAAAUGACCUUGUUGAACCAUUAGCUAAACUUAAUUCACAUAAUACAUCACCAUCCAAGCAAGCAACGGCUAUUUUACCAAUGAAUUUAAGACCAAAGGAUUUGUCAACAGUAAAAUCAAUAUCGACGACGCCGACGCCAUUCCUGAAUUGCAAUAAUAUUAGCCCAAUAGAUAAAUCACCAGAACAUGUUAACAAUUUAACAAACAAUGCUAAUUGGAAUAGUGAUUCCUGGGCUGAUGGUGAAUUUGAGCCAAUCGAUGAAACGUCUAUUGGCAAUCCCAAAUUAGAGGAAGCUCGAAGGAAACGUGAAGAGAAGAAAUUGCAACGUCAGCGUGAAUUAGAAGCUCGUCGCGCACAGCGUGUCAGUGGUCCAAUGAAAUUGGGCGCUAAAAAGCUUUAAGAUAAUUUUACACUUUAUUAAAACUUAGUUUCCAAAUACAUUUUUCUAUUUUGUAUACAUUAUUGUGACUACUGCGGAAAGAAUUCUUUUCAGCAAUAUAACAAAACAGCAUGAAAAUGUAGUCAGUGUUAAAUUGGUCUAAACGAAUUGUGUCAUGAAAAGUAUUUCCAUUAAUAUUAUAUAUAUUAGCAUUUCUAUAUACCCACCAUAAAAAGAUGAGAUUUUACUAGUUUUCUCCUAUAUCCACUUAAUCCUUAAUCCUCACCUCCGCGCAGAGGAGCUGACGCCUUAGUAUGUCGAUAUGUUUUCGUCCUCGAUCUCCCUCCAAUUUAACACCUUCAGCAGCAUGAACAGCGCGUACCCAAAUAAAUUUAUGCGCUUCCGCAGGGACCUCUUCGCGAGAAAAAUCCGCCACAGUUGACUGUACGCGUUUUCCUAUCUCGCUGUCCACCAUAUGCUGCAACAUGCAUGCGUAAAAUAUUUUAUUUGCUUGGUAGAAUGCCUUGUACACCUUCGCUUUCGGGAACGCCGGUUGCAGUUAUUCUGAGGAGAGGAUCCAGUUGUCUAUUGAAUUCUUGGUGACAACUCGACCGCUCACCUCCUUGCAGACAUCUUCUUUAGACUUGGUUAAGUCCGCGAUUAGCCUUCCUCUUUGCUGCUGAGCCGGUUUAGGAUCAGGUCACGGUAUAACUCCCCAUUAAGGUCAAACGGCGCGAAUUCUUUCUCCUCCUCGACUAUAAGUUGGUAGUUCAUCUUCUCGAUGGGGAGGUACUCGUUCAUGUCAACCGUGCGUUAAUCUUUAGGCGUGCAUAACUUUCACACGUUCUGUUCAGUAUUUUUAACCUUUUUAUAAAUUUUUAAGUCUCUCCAUUAGG